AUGGCGUCAGACGAAGUUCCUGAAUUGUCCACGAUGUUUGCGACUUUCAUCAAAGACAGGCCCCUGCGAACCUACUCUCACAAGGGCAAGAACAGCCGCGCUCUGUCGCUCCCUGCUCUCAGACUUGACCCGGACAAGUCGAGUGUCAAACACUCAAAAGUCAGAUUGAACAUCUUUACUUCCUCAAUUUCUUCCCCAACCCGAUCACGAGCGUCUUGGGACUCGGAGGAAUCCGAGGACCAUGAGAUAAAAGAAUCAGAAGAAGAGGACGACGAUGACGAUGCCAUAAUACUUUCCCAACGCCCUCUCGAGCGUGCCCAAAAGCAGGCAAAUCGUGCGCUCUAUCCGACUAAAAGUCUUCGGCGGCGUCCGUUUCUCAUCUUCGACAAGACUGGGCCGAAAGGCUACAAGCAGCUGCAAGACAGACCACGGCCGAAAGCAACAUCAAAGACAUCCCGCUACCAGCCAGGCGACGGUUUCUCUGGACGCGAGGCCAGACCAAGCGGUUCAAGCCUCUUGACCAAAAACGGGAUGAUGUCCAUCACCGGUCCUCACCUUGGGAUACUCGACCUCACGCAGUCAGAGCCGCCAUCCAGCAAGAAAAAGACAUCCGCUCGAAGGAGAAACUUGGAGGACAACUCCUUCGCUCCACCUCCAAAGAAACUCCGUCGCCCUCUACAAGCAAAGGACCCUAACGAGCAA